AUGUCAUCCUGUGUCGAUCGACGCGCUCUUCUCAAUUCGACACCUCCCCUCCCGUUCGCGUCGCCGCAUGCAGCUCCGUCUGAUCUUGUCCCUUUGGCUGUCUUUUUAACCCUGCACGUGCAGCUUCCUCGCGCGCGAACUCCCGCGAGUUCGGGGGAGAACAGCAAUCUAGACACCGCGGCCCCGCCUCCGCCCCCCGCCGCGCCGCGCCCCGUCUUCGCCUUUCCCCCUGGUGGCGCUGCUUCUGCCUCCCCGCAUUGGUUGGCGACCGUCCCUCCCGGCAAUACCGCGCACAAAACCGCGCCCCGUGCCCUCCAGUCCCCCCAUCAAGCUGGUGGCGCAGCGCUACCCGCCACUCCGUCUCCGGACGACGUCCCAGGCGGGGGAUGGAUGGGCGCGGGGGAUCGUCGCGUCCCGUCCGGCGCGGGUUCCCCUGGGGAGGGACGUGCUGGAGGGUUGAGCGGGCCUGGAAGCGCGGGGGGGUCUGGAGGGGAGCAGGACGAGGGCUUGGACGCGCAGGAAGCGGGGGGGAAGUCGUCCCGGCCGCGGACUGUUGCAGAGAGGAAGAGACGAAAUGGAAUUAGCGAGUUCGGUCUUCUCAAGGGCACCACCUACAACUCCUACCUCAUCCGCGGCGCCAACAAGGUCGCUCUAAUCGACGCGUCGCACGAGAAGUUCCGCGAGCUCUACCUCUCCGCGCUUAAAGCCGAGAUCGACAUUAAAGACAUCGACUACGUCAUCGCGAACCACACAGAACCGGACCACAGCGGUCUGAUCCGAGACCUAAUCGAACUGAACCCCAACAUAACCGUCGUCGGGUCGAAAGUGUGCAUUCAGUUCCUACAGAACCUAGUCUUAAGGCCCUUUAAGAGCCUCGUGGCGCAGCCGGGAAAGAUUCUGGAUCUGGGCGGCGGGCACGAGCUGGAUUUCAUCAUGGCACCGAACCUGCAUUGGCCGGAUACCAUGUUCACGUUCGAUAAAGGCACGGGCGUCAUGUUCACCUGCGACGCGUUCGGCAGCCACUACUGCUCCGAGAAGGUGAGAGGGGAUUCCCAGGGUCAAGGGGGUGUAUUGGUGGGGAGGUGGGGUAAGGCCAAGCGGGGAAGCUGGGCGAAGGUGUACGAUGAUGAUCUGAGCGAGUUGGAGCCGCACUACCGCUUCUACUACGACUGCCUCAUGAAGCCCAACUCGCGCUCCGUCCUCACCGCCCUGCGCAAGGUGGCCACUGCGGGGUGGGAGUUCUCAAAGAUCGCAGUGGGGCACGGCCCUCUGCUGCGCUACAGUGUGGCCACUGCGGGGUGGGAGUUCUCGGAAAUCGCAGUGGGGCACGGCCCUUUGCUGCGCUACAACGUGCCUGAGCUCACGCUCAAGUACGAGCAGUGGAGCAAGGCCGCCAUCGAGAAGCAGAAGUCGUCCAUAGCAGUGCUGUACGUGAGCGACUACGGUUACAGCGACCGGCUCUCGCAGUGCAUCGCGCGCGGCAUCACCAAGGCGGGGGCGGGCGUGGAGAUGAUGGACCUCAAGGCCGCCGACACGCAGGAGCUCGUGGAGUGCAUCGGCCGCAACGCCGCUGUCGUGCUCAUGAUGCCCCCCACCACUGGCCCUGCCGCCGCUGCUGUUGCCCCGCUGGUGGCCGGAAUCAAGGCCAAACAGUCUGUGCUGCUGUGUGAGUCAUAUGGAGGUGACGAUGAGCCGGUGGACACACUCAUGUACAAGUUCAACGACCGCGGAGUCAAGAUGCCCAUUGAACCCCUACGCAUCAAGGAGCCGCCCACUGAAGCUGUGUACCAGCUGUUUGAGGAGGCGGGCACUGACUUGGGGCAGGGCCUGACACAGAAGGCGGUGAGGGAGGAGACAAGGCGCAGCAUGCCUCUGACGGUGGCCAAGGCCAUUGCUCGUGUGUCGGGGGGUCUGUACGUGGUGACGGCCUUGAAAGGGUCCUCCAAGGGUGCUAUGAUCGCCUCCUGGGUCUCCCAGGGGGGGAGUGGGUCUGCGUGCACGUGGGGAUGUGUGUCGGGGGGCCUGUAUGUGGUCACGGCUAUCAAGGGGUCCUCCAAGGGUGCUAUGAUCGCCUCCUGGGCGAGCUUCAAGCCAUUGGGCAUCACCGUUGCUGUGGCCAAGGACAGAGCCAUAGAGUCGCUCAUGCAGGUGGGCGACUCCUUUGUGCUCAACUGUCUUGAGGAGGGCAACUUCGCCCCUCUCAUGAAGCACUUCCUCAAGCGUUUCCCCCCUGGCGCUGAUCGUUUCGAGGGAGUUGACUGGGACCCAGCCAGCAACGGGUCGCCUGUGCUGGCAGGAUCGCUGGCGUUCCUGGAGUGCACUGUGGUCAGCCGCAUGGAGACCAACGACCACUGGAUCACGUAUGCUGAGGUCACUGCAGGGAAGGUGUCCAAGCCUGAGGGCCGCACUGCUUCUCACCACCGCAAGCUGGGCGAUUAUUAUUAG